AUGCGGGUGGUGCAGGUGUCUCCAGCAGGUGACCCAUCUCCCUCCAUCACCGCCCACUCCAGGCAGGAGCGCCGGGCUUCAGCCCUGAACACCAACACCACUACAGCCCUGAACACCACUACAGCCCUGAACACCAACACCACUACAGCCCUGAACACCAACACCACUACAGCCCUGAACACCCUGAACACCCUGAACACCACUACAGCCCUGAACACCAACACCACUACAGCCCUGAACACCACUACAGCCCUGAACACCACUACAGCCCUGAACACCACUACAGCCCUGAACACCAACACCACUACAGCCCUGAACACCAACACCACUACAGCCCUGAACACCACUACAGCCCUGAACACCAACACCACUACAGCCCUGAACACCACUACAGCCCUGAACACCAACACCACUACAGCCCUGAACACCACUACAGCCCUGAACACCAACACCACUACAGCCCUGAACACCAACACCACUACAGCCCUGAACACCACUACAGCCCUGAACACCACUACAGCCCUGAACACCAACACCACUACAGCCCUGAACACCAUAAAAAUGCUGCUCUAA